CCUUUCUACUUUCGGUUCAUAGGCGUCGACAGUAGAAACUGAAGAAUAAGGCAGGCAAUCUUGGUAUACUUCGUAUCGUAUACGCAGGUAUGUUGACAGACAACCUGUCGUAGACAAUGGAAGCUAAACACAUAGAGGAACUGCGCCAAAGAUAUCGGUUCAUUGUCGACAACAUUGGAGAUCCUGAGGCUGUUUGUGAUGAAUUGCUUUCCCUGGGCAUCUUUGAUGAGUCUUACAUAGACAAAAUCUUGUUAAAAAAGCCAGCACCAAAAGCACAGACAAAAGAGCUUCUGUACCUGUUGAAAUUUAGAGGAGCUAAAGCUUAUGGAAAAUUUAUUACUGCCUUGGAAAAAAGUGGUAACAGACAUGUGGCAAAGGAAUUAAUGAAACCUGAAUCAGCACCUGAACAGCCGGAGCCAAUAAUACAACAGGAGUCGAUACAACCUGUGACAGCACCCCUACUGUCAACUGACAGGCCAAUACAGGUCCAGCCAUCUCUGAUACAGCCUAUACCAACAGAGGAUGCUUUUAAAAGUUGGCCAGAAAAGAAAGGCAUGGUUUACAGUAGAAAAUGCACAGAGGAGGAGAAAAGGCGUCUUCUGUCUGAUUCCACGGUUUACAGAAUCACAGAGUGUCCUGAGAAAGGAUUCGUUGUUCGAUUGAAAUGCUGUCCACAGAAACCGGCGAUGUGUGAAGAUUUGGAAAAAAAAAUCAAAAUGCGUCGUGAAGAUUUUGACAAUUGUAAUCAAUGCCUAAACAAUCUCAUGUCAUUUUUAGACUCAACAAUUAAAACUGGGAAUUGUACUGCUAAGCUUGUGAACAAGAAUGCUGAGGAAUUUGAAAGAAACACAGUAGAAAUGAUAAAGAAAAAUGUUGAAGAAUUGAAAAGAACUGGAUACUUCAUGAUGUUCUGCCUUUCCUAUGGGCCUGUGGGAGCAGGAUGCGGCUGUGUCUUUGACAGGGACAAUAAAUGUGUGAACUUACCCAAUAUGAUAGACAUGGUGAAACAGUGUGAAGCUUUAAGGGGUAAACCGAAGAUAUUCAUCGUGAUCACCAUACUGGAUGAAAACUUGACAGCACAAGAACCACCAGAAGACAGAACAGUCGCAGAUGCUGGUGAAGAUCACUCGUCAACCAACGAGGACAACCUUUUUGUCUUCCAUGUGUACCAUGGUCAGCAUGGGACUUGGAUAAAAGAUCCACACGUACGGGAGAUGUGGUUUAUGAGAGCAUUUCUUGAUGUUUUCUAUGCAUACAGCUACGAACUUCACCUUCUUGAGCUGAUUGAAAAGGUGAAUCAGUUGCUGAGCAAUGCAGUGGUGGACAGUCAAACCAAGACCCGGGGCCAUGUUGGUGGAAUCAAAGUCGUCCAGAAAGACAUCCGGAAGAAAUUAUAUUUCUUUCCUGGUAUUAAAUACCAGGGGGGUCAGCAGGCAUCAAGCUGAAGAUUUCUCAAUGUAUUUUAAUAUCGCCUUAAAAUAACAAUAGUGCCGGGCCUUCAAUGCUAGGCAAGUGCUACAAUGAUUAGUCAAAGAUAUUUUUGUAUACACAGAACUUCUGCAUCCUCGAUAUUCCAUGCAUAGCGCUGACUACCGUUCUCUGCACACCUGGUGUAUGUCAUGGCAAAAUCGAAGGCACGUAGCAAGCUAUUUGAUUGCUUCUUACGAAUAAAACACACCAGUCGCUUGACUUGUCUUUUGAAUAUUACAGAGGAGCAACAACCAACUUCAAAUAUGGUCAAUGCUACCCUUAAGCUGCCGUCCAAUUCUUUUGAUGUACAGCAAAGGAUCAAACUAGUCCUCAUGAAUAUCCACUAGAUGCCCGGCAAUUACAGAACCUUCGAUUUCUUCAUAACUUUUCUGUAGAACGUAAGACCGGAACUUCUGAACAACAUAGUACAUGUGUGUGCUGCAUCUUUACUUGACCAAUAACUAUGACCAUAACCAUAUGUACCAGUGUUCUGGGUGUAACAAAUUGACGGCCGGUCAAGACCGGGAUUCGAGCCCUUGACUUAAAAUUAUGUCUGGAAUAAAAAUAUAUAAAGCGCAAAAAGUUAAAAAAAACACUUUAAACACUGCGCUAAUCAAAUGUUCUUGGAAACUUAUUGCUAAUGAACAUUUUUUUCGUCUUUUUUGAAGAAAGUUAAUGAUAUGCAGAAGCAGAUAGAAAAGUUAUAAAUUUAAAUAUAAUGUAUACACAAAAGAUCAUAGUGCGGUGGAACAGGGAUCCUUGAAAUUCAUUGAAGGCUAAACAAUAAGACGGAUUUGGAAAAGAGCUACCUAGAAAUUUAGACCAUUGCAUGUCAUAGUGUAAGUCUUAGUAAUCCAAGUUCCGUUUCAAACAUGCGCUUAAUAUGCAAGUACAGCACAUAAUGCUAAGCUUUAUGUUAACAUAUAAGGAUCUUCUUGCUUCCAUUUAAAAUAAUGAGCGUGUUUGAAUCGAAAUACAGUAUUGUGCUACUGAGUCAGGUAGUUCGUCCAAAAUAAACCACAAAUCAGAGUACAGCAUCAAAUGACAGUUCAAAUUGAAGUGUUACAGCUCAAGGCAAACGUCACGCUUGGCUUGGAAUAUCUUCAGCAGCCAUUAUAAUGCUCAAACAUCCAGCGAUAGGUACGUUAUUAUCCUCCACGUGUGUGCAAUAUUCAUCUGUUUUUAUAUCACUUCUGUUGUAUUAUUAGAAGCCGUGCAACGACAAACCACUAUCCUUGUAACGAUUUGUCCUAGUCACGUAGGACAAGGGGAUAAUCAAACCGUUUGUUUAAAGGAGGAAUGGAGUGUUAUGGCAGGUGACGGUAAUGUAAGGCGCCAAAUUGAUUAUCAGUCUUCUGAUACCGUGUUUUGGAUG